AAUAUUGUGCCUCCGAUUUUCAGGUGCUGCCCCGAGGCGUCAGUGGAGAUGUGUACAAUUUGGCCGAUUGCCUCAUGCAGCAGGCGCUGAUUGGCUCCACAGCCAAUCCACUGGUACUCAACUACCUGAAGCACUCGUUGUGUGCCCACCUCGUCUCGCAUGCCGCAGUGCUCCGCUGCAUAGCCAGAUAUGAUAAACUGGAGCGUAUCUACUGCAUCACAUCGCUGCUGGAGUUUCUAAACCAGACCUGA